AUGGACAUCACAAUUCACCGCUUUGGCGGGUUCGAUUUCUCUCCAUACGAUAAAAAUCAGUCCAUCUUGAUACCACAGUCUUCUAACUUGACUAGCGUAUAUCAAAGCACCAUGUCGUUGUCUCAAGUUUCAUGGAUCCAUCAUGUGUCACAAAUUGCUCAGUCUGGAAUACCACAGGCUGUUGUACUCGUGUUGUCACUUCUUCAGCUCAUUUAUCGAUUAAGCCGAAUACAUCGACAGGAGUCUACUUAUCGAUUCAAAGCUGCCAAGAUCCGUUGGUCGUUUGAACUUCCCUCCCAGGUGGCAAGACUUACUGCCGUUGUAUUUAUCACGAUUGCUUACACUCAAGAUCAACUGCAUUGGAUCAACAUCGUUUCCGUUAUAUAUACGUUCACUGUCGGUCUGCUGCGCCUAUUCAACCAUCUUCAGUGGCGUCAUGUAGCGUUGCAUCAAAUCAACUUUGUGCUCGCAGCUAUCAUGGUUAUCCUCAUUGCUGGUCACACCUUACCUUGCAUACAGACAGGUACCAGGUGUCUCCACGAUACCAGUACCUCGGCGGGCAUGGUUGCUAUCGCAACUGCAUCUGUCAUUGCAGCUAUCACUCCAAGAGAGUGGACACCAGUACAGAUUGAUCUUGAUAUUCCUGGCUACGACCAGAAUAAACCAGCUCCUGAAGAGACAUGCAGUUGGUUCACUUACUACUGUACCUAUAACUGGCUAACACCAGUCAUCUGGAAGGGUAUUAAGCGGAGACUUGACAUGGCUGAUAUACCGAAGAUAGCAUGGUAUGAUGAGCCAAUAUAUCUUCUACGCCGUGUUCAAGAGGCUCGCUCAAUCUCGAAAAAUACUCUUUUUACGGUCCUUCGAUUCCAGAAGCGCGAGCUACUCCUAAUGACAUCCUGGGUUGCCGCAGCGUAUACAGUCGAGAACGUAGCCCCUUACGGCAUGUUUAAGCUGCUCGAGUAUCUUGCUGAUCCUUGUGGCGCCAUCUAUAAACCAUGGCUUUGGUUAUUCCUGAUGUUCAUCGGCCCACUGUCACGCACCAUUGCCUUCCAGCAGUACGUAUUUACCUCCACCAGACUCGUGGUGCGCAUUAAAUCUGCCUUGACGCAAGAGCUGUAUUACACUGCCCUGGAUUCGAUGGAGAUGGAAGAAGAUCCAUUCGAGCUGCAGUCGGGAGGCAAAACGUCUGGCAACCCGAAAGGCCAGGCGGCCGCCAAGAGCACGUCGGCAGGACGCCUGGCUAAUCUCAUGGCUUCUGAUAUAGAUGCUAUCUACAGGUCGAGAGACAUUAUUCAAGCCACUGUCGGUACUCCCGUCGGGACUGUCAUAUCUCUUAUUGGCAUGUACAGAAUGAUGGGAUGGGCAUCCUUGGUAGGAAAUGCCAUUCUAUUUCUGGCCACCCCUCUUACAGUAUGGCUUGGGCGGUUGAUGUUUUACUCACAGCGUCGGGUUAGAAAGGCUCAAGAUUCGCGCAUGUCCUUGGUGACAGAGUAUCUUGCUUCUCUCCGCGCCAUCAAGUAUUUCGCAUGGGAAGAACCUAUCACGGAAAAGAUCAUCGACGCACGUUCUGCUGAGCAAAAGGAACUCUGGAGGACUUCUAUGAUACAAGCCUCGUUGAACCAAGUCAUGCAGAUUGUUCCUUAUUUGUCGCUUCUCGUGAUGUUCGGCUUAUACGUCGGCCUCUCAAAACGCCGACUCGAUGCCGCAACUGCUUUUACUACCAUCUUCCUCGUCAAGAACGUUCGCAGAAAUAUCAUGCAAGCUAGUGCCUUCGGCAGGAAUUUCGCGAGCGCCAUGGUGUCAGUUGCCCGACUCGACAAGUACUUUGAGAAUACAGUACCUGUUUCUCGUUACCCCGUGGGACCGCUUCGCAUCGACAGUGCUUCAUUCCGGAAGACGAAGGCGGCAACAUUCACAUUGGAAAAUAUCACUCUCUAUUUCGCUCAGGGAGGCCUGAACAUCAUUGGCGGCCCAAGUGGUAGUGGCAAAACCACCCUGCUGUUGUCUAUACUUGGUGAAACCUACCUAGAGAGCGGUACUGUAACCAGGCCGGAAGACGUAGCAUAUGCUUCCCAGUCAGUCUGGCUACAGAACGAAAGUAUCCAAGCCAACAUAGUCUUUGGCAGCCCAAUGGAGAAACUGCGCUACCACCAAAUUAUCGAAGCAUGUUGCCUAUGGGAAGAUUUUAAGGAACUGCCGGCUAGGGAUAUGACCACGGUAGGUGAAAAUGGCACUUCCCUUUCAGGAGGACAGAAAGCUCGUGUCGCUCUCGCAAGAGCUUUAUACUCCAAAGCACCUCUGUUGUUGCUGGAUGACAUCUUUGCUGCUCUCGAUGCUAAAACGGCUGCUGGCGUCUGGAAACACUGCUUUUGCACUGAUCUUCUUAGUGGAAGGACAACUGUGCUUGUAACCAAUCUUCCCUGGAUUUCUGAGCAAGCAGACCUUUCUGUUGUAUUGGAGAAGGGCCAGAUCGAGUCGGCAGAACCCCAAAUCGGUGUUAUUCGUAAGCCAAUUGCCAUUGCUCAAGUCCUGGGGGGAGAUGAUGACGCAAGUGAAGAACCCGAUACUAUAACUCAGGACACACAACCUAGCGGCGACGAUUUGAAUAACGCAAACAAAACCUUGGAAGAGAAAUACCUGAAAGACGUUGUCAGCCAGGAAAUGAAGGCUUCUGGAAAAGUUGGCCGUUUGACCUUCUUACAGUACAUGAACUAUUUCGGGCAUCCUGUAUUCGUUGUGACUUGUCUCGCCCUUUUGCUUGCUGCCAACAUUUUCGCGUUUUUGGGUACUCUAUGGCUUUCCGUCUGGGUCGAGGCAUACAACCACCAGGCUCAUGUCGACAUCCCUUAUUACAUGGGAAUAUUUGCAGGGCUCACACUCUUGGAGAUUGGAAGCUAUUUUCUAGCCAUCAUAAUGUUUGAAUGGGGGGCCUGGAACGCUGCCAGACGAUUACACAAUGACUUUAUUCGCGCCAUCAUGCGUGUCUCCCUUUCGUGGUUUAAACAUAUCCCGAUUGGGCGCAUCACCAACCGCUUCUCAAGUGAUAUAGCAUCUCUUGAUGGAACGAUAGGUACCAUGCUGCGUAUGAUGCUCGACACAAUUCUCUUGAUGCUCUUCCGCAUUGGUGCUGUCAGUAGCAUUAUGCCGAUCUUUAUGAUACCGGCACUUUUCACUUGUUUGUUCGGUGUUCUAAUUGGCGAGGCAUACACGAGAACUGCUGUCGUAGUCAAGAGGCUUACCUCUUCUGCUCAGUCGCCUGUUUUCUCUCAGUUUGCCGAUACACUGGCAGGACUUCCUGUCAUUCGGGCUAGGAGUGGUAUGGCAGCGACGUUCCGGGAAGAGCUGGCCGCUAGGUUGCGCACAUGGUCAGCUUCGUCGGAGACUAGCUUCAACUCCAACCGUUGGGUGGCUGUGCGUGUGGAUUUUGUGACAGCUUUGGUCAGUCUAUCGGCAGGCAUAAUUGCAGUGUCACAGACUGGUGUCGUAGCUGCAGGGCUCGUCGGUUUCUCCCUUACCAACGCCAAUGGCCUCAGCCAAACGAUUCUAUUACUGGUACGAGCUAUGAAUGAUCUGGAAGUAGAGAUGCAGAGUUUCCACCGAGUAAAGGAGUAUGUCAAGUUGGAAUCCGAGGAGAAAGACGAUAAAGCGUACCCAGAGGAGGGAGAAUAUGCAGAUGACCCCUCCAAUAUAAUCCCCGAGAACUGGCCUCGAUCUGGCGAGAUCGAGUUUCGAAAUGUUACAAUUCGGUACGAUCCUGAUGGACCCAACAUCCUCACCGAUGUGAACCUCAAGUUCAAAGCUGGUGCACGCGUGGCUGUAGUGGGACGGACAGGGUCGGGCAAGAGUACGCUAGUUCUUUCCCUACUACGCUUCACACAUGUUGUUUCAGGCGAGAUUUUGUACGAUGGCCUUGACAUCACAAAAGUUCCCCGGCACCGUCUCCGUGAGAGCCUCACAAUCAUUCCACAAGAGGCUGUGCUGUUCAAUGGCACUGUUGAAUCGAAUCUUGAUCCUGGUGGUCGAGUCUCUAAAGAAGUUCUCGACAAAGCUCUCGGCAAUUGCAAAGGGAUUGCUUCGUUCUCUUCUCAAGCUUCUGACGAUAGUGACAACGACAUGCGUCCGUCUGACGAUGAGCAUAACACUGUGAAUUUGACAACAAGCGUUGAUGCUCGUGGCGAAAAUUUCUCCCACGGCCAACGGCAAGUUCUUUCACUAUGUCGUGCCCUCAUACGUCAAAGCAAAUUAAUGCUUCUUGAUGAAGCCACAGCAAGCAUGGACUAUGAGACAGACCGAGGCAUUCAGACUGUUUUACGGCGGGAGCUAGAGGCUGCUGGAGGAGAUCGCACAUUAGUAACGAUUGCACAUCGUCUACGUACAAUCAUUGAUUAUGACACAGUCGUGGUCAUGAGUGCAGGACGUGUACUUGAAUACGGCUCGCCACGAGAUUUGUACAACAAUCGAGGCCAAUUUUACGACAUGAUCUAUCACAGUGGUGAAAUGGACGAUUUACAGGCUUUACUUGACACGGAGAGCUCCAACUGA